AUGGCCGACACCGAGGAACUAGCGAAGGGUUACACUUCCGUCAACAACACCCAAUUUGACGCUGGGCUAUUCCUCCUCAGGAGACUCGGAGUCACUCCCGGCCUGCGAGUACUCGACGUCGGCUGCGGUCCUGGCAAUCUCACAGCUCACAUCGCGGACGUCGUUGGCGAGAAAGGAAGUGUGAUUGGCAUCGACCCGAGCAAAGAGCGUAUCACCCUGGCACAAGAGAUCAAGACGCCCAAUCUCUCAUUUUACGUGGGCAGAGCCGAGGACCUGUCCCAGUUCGAUUCCGGCAGCUUUGAUAUUGUAUACGUCAACUCCACCUUCCAUUGGGUUGAGGAUCAGCCAGCUGCGGUCAAAGAGUUCGGACGCGUUCUGAAGCCAGGAGGCCGCCUCGGAAUCUCAGGGGGGUCUGGGGAUUUUGAAGCCGCACAUGAGAAGAUUAAGGCCGACGUAUUGUCAAGAGAGCCCUACCGAAAUUAUCCAGAACAAAGCGGUCCGAAGUUCAUAAAGCGUCGGGAUCUUGAGAGUCUCCUCGAUGUUUCUGGGUUUUCCAAGAGAGACUUUGUCAUCAAUACAAUCAUCAAAUCGGCGAAAAACGGGGAGGAAAUGAUUGAGUGGUUGGACACAAGUUCGUCUGGCAAGACGUAUGGUGGCAUCCCGCUUGACAUGAGACCAAAAGCACGGGAGGAGAUGAAGCUAGAAUGGGACAAGAUCACCACGGAAGAUGGCAUUCACAUGGACAUGGAGUUGUUGGUGACUGUGGCUACCAAGGAGUGA